AUGGGAUUUGCUGAUAUCAGAAGACUGUUAAGAAUGGAUAUGACUAUGAAGGUUAUAUCUUUCUCUCAGCUAGGGCCUCGUGCAAUAUGUGUUCUCUCUGCUAAUGCAGAGGCUCCAACAUGUGAUACAAGAAAAGGAGGAAUUGUUAGAAAAGCUUCAGAUGAGAAGUCGGCAAAAACUGAAUUUGAUGCAUUAGCAAAAGCAGAGCGCAUGCUAAUGAUGAUUGAGAAAAAUCUACAUGAUGCAGAAGCGGAAAAGAAACAUUUUGAGAAUGUCAUGAGCAACCAAGUUCUUUCUUACCUCAAUAAUGCAGAGGCAGAGUAUCGGGAGUUCGAACAUAAGUGUAAGGAAAACCGCCGGAAAGCUUCAAUUAUCUGCCCUGAGAGCGAGAUCGAAGCUUUAGGGGGCUGUAGUGAGAGCAAUCCAGAGCAACUCAGUGCUCAACUAAGCAGGAUGAAUCAAAGACUUCAGCGUGAGAGCCAGAGAUUUCCAGAAUCCAUCGAGGAUCUCAGGAUGUUGAACCAAAAAAGGAGCGUAAAAUCCUAA